AUGCAGCAGCCGGAGGGAUACGAGCAAGGUGGGCCGGAGAUGGUCUGCCCCCUCAAGCGCACCUUGUACGGUUUGCGCCUGAAGGAGGAGCUCGGGAACUUUGAGUUCGUGGCGUCAAUGGCGGAUGCGGCGCUCUUUACGGAAAUAGUAACCGGGGAGCGGGUGUACAUAGUGGUGUGGGUGGACGACAUUCUAGUGGCGGCCCGGGGAGUGGACCGCAUUGCCAAAUGCGUGGGGAGCCUCUUGUACUUGAGUGUGUGCAUUAGGCCCGACAUUGCACAGGCAGUGGGUGCGCUUGCGCACUUUAUAGCGGGGCCGACGAAGGAGCGCUGGCGGGCGGCGCUUGGAGUUGUGCGCUACUUGGCGGUUACGGCAAAGGGCGAGGUAACCUUUGGGGGGAGCGGAGAGACUUUCAUUCCUUAUUGCGACGCAGAUUACGCAGGUGACGUGGACACAAAGCGGUCCACAACGGGGUACGUCUUCCUAAUGUACGGGGGGGCGGUGAGCUGGUCGAGCAGGCUGCAGCCAACGGUGGCGGCCUCGACAGUAGAGUCGGAGUAUAUGAGCGCAGGGCAAGCGGUGAAGGAGGCGCUGUGGUUUCGCAAGCUCGGGGUAGAUCAGAGUUGGAUCUAG